UCUCAUCUCCGCAAAAAGUCCGGGGAUCGCAUUUUCACCUCCAGACUUCUUCGAGCCACACACUCCUUUGUUAGCUCUGAUACCCUCUGCCUACGCUACGGAGCAACCAUCUAAUCCGCUCAUCACCCAUCGAUCCGGAUAUUCCACCACCCCACCUCUUGGAACAACACAACAACAUAACUUCAAAAUGAACAUCCCAGGCAUGACUUCCGGCAUGGCGCCCGCAGGCGCAACUGCAGGAGUCGGACUCCCCGGCGCCGGAAUGCAGGGAAUGAGUGAGCAGGAACAGGCAAUGGUGAAAGCGAUGCACGCGGCUAUGGAAUCGUGUCCCGUGAAGACUGUCAUUUCGGGUACGAUGGGAUUUGGUCUUGGUGGUGUGUUUGGUUUGUUCAUGGCUAGUAUGUCCUACGACUCCACCUUCACUCCCCAAGGAAAAGCCAUUAUGGACCUCCCCUGGCGCGAACAAGUCCGCCGCGGUUUCAAGGACAUGGGCUCCCGCUCCUGGUCGUCGGCCAAGAACUUCGGUAUCGUCGGUGCAUUGUACUCGGGCACGGAAUGCUGCGUCGAGGGGCUGCGCGCCAAGAACGAUCUCACAAACAGUGUCAUCUCGGGCUGUAUCACGGGUGGCAUUCUCGGUGCGAAGGCGGGUCCUCAGGCUGCUGCGGCUGGCUGUGCGGGUUUUGCGGCGUUUAGUGCGGCCAUCGAUGCUUAUAUGAGGAUGCCGAGUGAGGAGUAGGUGGCUGAGGCUGUGUGUAUAGAGUCUACAUAAUUCUGGGUGGGCGUUUUUGUUUGGGAUAGAGCGGCAUUUUUUGGGCGUUUGGGGUUUCUUGCUUCUUCUGCUCUUGGGGGUGGAAUCACUGCUCUCUUGGUUGGGGGUCUGUGAUGUAUGAUGUUGGUCUAUGGGACUCACUGCUCCGAUUGUAUUAUAGUGUAUAUGAGGUUAGAAUUGUAUAGACUAUCUACGCUUUACUACGCUGUUACGGAGUGGGAUUGUAGUUGAACUUUCUUUGGUAAGAUGCAGUGCUUGUACGUU